AUGAGCAAAGUAAUUGUGGUAACAGGUACCUCUAGAGGUAUUGGUAAGGCUAUUGUCGAUGAAUUGAUGAUUAUGGACCCUAAUGUCGUGGUGUAUGGUGUUGCAAGGACUGAAGCCGCAUUAAAAACGUUAUCAACCCAAUAUAACGGUAGAUUCUUUUAUGUUACGGGCGAUAUCUCUAAGAGCUCUAUUCAAAGAGAACUGGUUUCUGCAAUUACGAAACAACACGGACGUUGUGAUGCAUUGGUGGCUAAUGCUGGUGUUUUAGAACCAGUAGCUCCUGUGGAUGAGUACAAUCAAGAUCAAUGGUUAGCACACUUCAACCUAAAUUUCUUUAGCAUCGUGUUUUUAGUUUCGCAAUUAUUACCGCUAUUAGAGGAGACUCGUGGAAAUGUUGUCUUCGUCAGUAGUGGUGCUAGUGUCAAGCAUUAUUAUGGUUGGUCCUGCUAUGGUGCAGCUAAGGCCGCUUUAAACAGUUACGCCCAAGCAUUGGCCAGCGAAAAGUCUCGUAUUCGGAGUAUUGCAGUUGCACCUGGUGUAGUUAAUACACAGAUGCAAGUAGACAUCAGAGACACGUUUGGGCCAAGGUCAAUGACCCCCGAGGCUCUCAAGAGGUUCACCGACUUGCAAGAAGAAGGUCAGUUGUUACCACCAAACGUUCCAGGUGCGGUGUACGCCGCACUCGCACUUAAUGGUAUUCCUAAAGAACUCAACGGAAUCUACAUCAGAUACGACGACCCACGUCUGGCAGAGUCAUAG